AUGUUUAAGGAGAGGGAAGGAGGAAGAAGGUCACAAAAGACCUUCCCAAGCACGAAUCCCGAAAUCUCCCUCACCAUCAGAAAACACAAAACAUUCCAUCUUAGCAAGUGUCCCAAGGCCUCCCCUCCCAUCAGGAGUCCCAAGGCCUCCCGUCCCAUCAGGAGUCCCAAGGCCUCCCGUCCCAUCAGGAGUCCCAAGGCCUCCCGUCCCGUCAGGAGUCCCAAGGCCUCCCGUCCCGUCAGGAGUCCCAAGGCCUCCCGUCCCGUCAGGAGUCCCAAGGCCUCCCGUCCCGUCAGGAGUCCCAAGGCCUCCCCUCCCGUCAGGAGUCCCAAGGCCUCCCCUCCCGUCAGGAGUCCCAAGGCCUCCCCUCCCGUCAGGAGUCCCAAGGCCUCCCCUCCCGUCAGGAGUCCCAAGGCCUCCCCUCCCGUCAGGAGUCCCAAGGCCUCCCCUCCCGUCAGGAGUCCCAAGGCCUCCCCUCCCGUCAGGAGUCCCAAGGCCUCCCCUCCCGUCAGGAGUCCCAAGGCCUCCCCUCCCGUCAGGAGUCCCAAGGCCUCCCCUCCCGUCAGGAGUCCCAAGGCCUCCCCUCCCGUCAGGAGUCCCAAGGCCUCCCCUCCCGUCAGGAGUCCCAAGGCCUCCCCUCCCGUCAGGAGUCCCAAGGCCUCCCCUCCCGUCAGGAGUCCCAAGGCCUCCCCUCCCGUCAGGAGUCCCAAGGCCUCCCCUCCCGUCAGGAGUCCCAAGGCCUCCCCUCCCGUCAGGAGUCCCAAGGCCUCCCCUCCCGUCAGGAGUCCCAAGGCCUCCCCUCCCGUCAGGAGUCCCAAGGCCUCCCCUCCCGUCAGGAGUCCCAAGGCCUCCCCUCCCGUCAGGAGUCCCAAGGCCUCCCCUCCCGUCAGGAGUCCCAAGGCCUCCCCUCCCGUCAGGAGUCCCAAGGCCUCCCCUCCCGUCAGGAGUCCCAAGGCCUCCCCUCCCGUCAGGAGUCCCAAGGCCUCCCCUCCCGUCAGGAGUCCCAAGGCCUCCCCUCCCGUCAGGAGGCCCAAGGCCUCCCCUCCCGUCAGGAGGCCCAAGGCCUCCCCUCCCGUCAGGAGGCCCAAGGCCUCCCCUCCCGUCAGGAGUCCCAAGGCCUCCCCUCCCGUCAGGAGUCCCAAGGCCUCCCCUCCCGUCAGGAGACCCAAGGCCUCCCCUCCCGUCAGGAGUCCCAAGGCCUCCACUCCGUGUGGAGGCGACGAUGUUGUCCGAGCCUUGGAUGAAGUAGUUGGUGAUGUUGAAGUUCUGCAGGAACAGGGCCCAGUGAAGCAGAUGUUGGUUGGUAAACUGGGUCUGCUGCAGAAGCUGGAGAGGAUGGUGCUUGAAGAUGUAGAAGUAGCACUGCAGGACUCUGAAGUAUGA